AUGAGGUUAACCAUAUCCAACGAACUGAGCAAUCAAAUAUUAUCGGUAGACAUAUCAGAGUCUAUGACAUUGGAAGAUUUCCAAGCAUAUAUCCAAGCAGAGUUUGAUAUUUCUCCACAAGAUCAGGCAUUGAAGCAUAACGGGAAACCAUUGAGUGGUUCUAAUAAAUCGUUAGAAGAUUUGGGACUUAGUAAUGAUGACUUGGUGUUGUUGGGUAAAAGUAACAUAGCAUCUACCACGGCGUCAUCUGGAUCAUCCGUUACUGCUAACUCGAAUAAUUCAAAUGCUGUGGAUUUCCAAAUUGAAGCCAUGAGAACCCAAUUCUUGAGUAAUCCCCAAUUAAAUAAUCAACUCCGUCAAUCCAAUCCACAAUUGCAUUCUAAUUUGAAUAAUCCUGCUGAGUUUAAGAAUUCGGUGAUUGGUUCGUUGCAGCAAUUUCAAAAUGGAGCUACACCAGGACUGUAUAAUCCUCAGCAACAAGAACAGCUAAGAAGACUACAAGAAAACCCUGAUGAUCCUGAAAGUCAGGCUCGUAUUUUAGAAAUGAUAAGGCAGGAACAGAUAGACGAAAAUAUGCAAUUGGCAUAUGAAAUCGCUCCAGAGUCGUUUACUUCUGUUAACAUGUUGUAUAUAAACAUCAAGGUUAAUGGGGUAUUAGUACAAGCCUUUGUUGAUUCGGGAGCUCAGUCAACCAUUAUUUCUCCGAAACUUGCAGAGAAAUGUGGUAUUUCUAGAUUAAUUGAUAAGAGAUUUGUUGGUGAAGCAAGAGGUGUUGGAUCUCAAAAAAUAGAAGGUAAAAUACAUAGUGUUCCUAUUGCCAUUGGUGAGUCUGAUACACAUAUUCCUUGUUCAUUUAUAGUAAUUGAUACACAUGUUGAUUUAUUAUUCGGAUUAGAUAUGUUACGGAGACACAAGUGUGUUUUAGAUUUGGAACGAGACGUUUUGGUUGUUGGUGGAAAUAUAGAAACAAAAUUCUUACAUGAGCUGGAAAUUCAAACUAAUCCAUUUUUACCUGGAGUUGCAGGUUCGAGUGGUGGUGCCUUUGGUGGUCCCGGCAUUCCUCUUGGUUCGAAUAGUGCUGAAAAUAAUAACGUUACUUCUUCGAUUGUUCCGGCUAACUCUACUCCUGAUCCUGCAGCAAAACAAAAACCACCUACUGCUGCUGCCAAUGCUGCUGCAAAGCGACAAAAUACGGGUACUACGGGUACUCUGUCUUCUAAAUUCAACGAAAGCGAUAUCAAACAAUUGGUGAGUUUGGGGUUUUCAAAACAAGAAGCGAUAUUUGCACUUGAACAGAGUCAAGGAAAUGUCGAAAUUGCUGCGUCUUUAUUAUUCCAAUAA